GGUUACACAUGCUCGGGAGGAACCGGACCAAAAACCGAAAAAAAGCGAAGCGGAGGACAAAGAGGAAAAAAAGAAAAAAAAAAAUGACAGACUGAGAACCAGCAGCGGGGGGAAAGAAGAUCAAGUCCACGUCCACCUCUCGUCUGGAAGGCUGCGAGAACCUGGAGGAGGAGGCAGCGCGGAAUCCUGAAAAUGGAUCUUCAUGAUAAAGAAAUUCUCCCUGGAGAGAUUUUGCCUGUGGUGAUCAUCGGUAACGGCCCGUCGGGGAUCUGUCUGUCAUACCUGUUGUCAGGUUAUACCCCCUACCUGUCACCCGAGGCGUCGCACCCCAACCCCCUGCUGCACAGCAAGCUGGGAGAGCAGCCUCACCUGUCGCUACUGGAGCAGGACCUGGAGUACCUGUGCGAGGGGUUGGAGGGGCGAUCGUCCAAUCCCGUGGCCGUGCUCUUCGAUUCGCUGCUGCUCCCGGGCAGUGACUUCGGACUGGACCACAGCUCUCCGCUGGAGUGGCGAUAUGAGCCUGAGCGCGCCAUCCCACACCUGGUGCUGGGGAAGGGUCCACCUGGAGGAGCUUGGCAUGCUAUGGAGGGCUCCAUGCUAACUCUGAGCCUGGCUAACUGGAUGGAGCUUCCCGGACUCAAACUGAAGGACUGGUUGAGAGACAAACGCAGAAAUGUACGAAAUGACCGUGCCACACCAGCAGAGAUAGCUUCCUACUACCAGCACUACGUUACCCAGAUGUCCCUGGAGCAGAGCUUUGCCUGUGGAACCACCGUCACCUCGGUAACCAGGCAGCCCAGCAACCAGGAGGGGUCGCCGGCCUACUGGAGAGUGACGGGCCUGCAGCGCCGAGAGGGGGAAGAGCUGGGAGAUGGUUCCUCUGUUUCGGAGGAGGUGCCUUUUUCCCUGUUGGCCCACAACGUGGUGUUGGCGACGGGGACCCACGACAUCCCUGCCAGGCUGGGCGUGGAGGGCGAGUCCCUGCCCUUUGUCUGCCACUCUUUCUGGGAGCUGGAGGCGGCCAUCUCUCGUGGCGAGCUCGACCAGUCUUCGGACCCGGUGCUGGUGGUGGGAGCGGGGCUUACGGCGGCCGACGCGGUGCUGGCCGCCCACCAUCUCAAUACGCCCGUCUACCACGCCUUCAGACGGUCGGUCACCAACCCGGGCCUCAUCUUCAACCAGCUGCCCAAAAUGCUCUACCCAGAGUACCACAAGGUUCACCAGAUGAUGACUCAGCAGCAGCACCAACCGAGUCCUCCACCACAGGACCACGCCCGGAACCUCCAUCACCAUUCCAACCCUUCCUCUCCUGUUUCCCUCUCUCCGUCUACCUCCUCAUCCCCCUCCUCCUACCCAGGUUACCUGAGCUUCCCGCGUCACAGGGUCGUGGCGUUCAGACCUGACCGAAAGUGCGUUCUGGAGUCGGACUCUGGCCAGCGGACGGUGGUCCAGGUCUCCAAGGCUCUGGUUCUCAUCGGUGCCCACCCCAACCUUUCUUAUCUGGACGACAACGGGUGUCCGCUUGGCAUCAACCCCAAAGAGCCAAUCACAUGCCGGAGGAACCCGAUUGAGGUCGACCCGUUCACAAACAAGGUGGUCGCGGCAGAUGGGCUGGGCAUGUACGCCAUGGGGCCGUUAGUUGGCGAGAACUUUGUGAGGUUCCUGAAGGGAGGAGCGCUGGCGAUAGCCAGUGACCUUGCCAAGAGACAAAGAGAGGGGGGAGGGAGAGGAGAAAGGGGUUUGGCCACAGACAGAUUAAUGGACAAAUGGGUGGACAGACAGGUGACCGCACAGACAGAAGCAGAGGUUUGUGUUCUGGACUCGUAGCAGGUUUUCUGGGACAGAGGGGUCAAAUGGAUUGAAGCAAACCGACCCGCGCUAAUCCAAUUGAGACGAAACUGGAACUGCUGCAAACAAAAGCCACAGGUCAUGUUUUCCACACAUCACAGAGUAGGGUAAUCAGACAUGCUGCUGAGGUGUUGCAGGGCGUGAAACAGCCGACAAGUGGGCUCUAGACCUUGACUGGUUUGGAUGGGUCUGGUGUCUUAUUAGUUCUACUGUAGAUCUGGUUUUGCAAAAAGAAAAAAAAGAAAAAGCCUCCAGAGCUGAGGCAUUCUGAAGGCUAAAAGCAGCUUGAGAAAUGCAGACGGUUGUGCUGGUAGGAUGCUACAGAAAUGAAAGAUUGUCACAUGUAAGUUGGAGACACGGAGGGAGAUUAAGACACUGACACUGUAGUAAAGGACGUGACGGAGGAGAGACACAUGAGUCAUCCCCGGAUUAUUAUAAACCUGUAAAUGUACUGCUUGGAGGUUGCUCUGGAAGGUGGCUAAGUCCACCAUGACUUAAUGCGCCGUGAUGUUUCACUUACAGCAUGUCAGAUACUGUAUUUUUCAGGAUGUUGCUUUUGAAGGACUGCUUGACAUGUCCAGGCUUAUGCAAACAAACAGCUGCCUGGCUUCCAUUUUUUUUAUAUCCUGCAGGGGGAUUCUUCAUCGGUACAAAUCAUGUGAUCGACCAAUCGUAACCCGUAAAUGUGGCAUGAAAGUUUUCUAACUUUAGGAGUUGAGAAGGGGCCCACACAAACGAGAAGGAGAAGGAGAUCUGGGAAGGGCGGAAAGAAGGAAUAAAGGGAUGCAGAGAGAGUGUGAGAUGGUAAUAAGAUAGAGAGAGAAGGUAGAUCACUACAGGAACUUCCAGGUUAAAGUUUUAACCACUAAGCCUCACUCUUUUUUUAAACAAAGUAUGUUGUGGAUAACUAAUGUGUCCAUAGUUAAAAAUGUAUUUUUCUGUUAGCUAUUUAAUUUUGAAACACUACACUGUCAUAAACACACAAUGUCCAUAAAACAAAAUGGCUAAAAAUAAAUUCCAGCUGCUUUCUUUAUAUAAUUUUCUAUGUGGGUGUUUGUAUAUUAUGAGUUUGCUGUUUUGUGAGUCUGUGGUAUGUA